AUGGAGCAGCGCGUGGUUCAAGUUGUCAUUGAUGAGGAUUCCAGAGAGUGUCCUUCGCAGACUGUGGGUGAAAUUGGCCGAGACGAUUUCUACAGGGCUGGUGCAAAUGAAAGGCGGGGAUCGGGACACUUACAAACACAGCAUAUGGUACACUACAAGCCAAUGUUUCAUCGGGUGACAGGUCUUAAGGAUCGUCACAGUGACCACCAAAGCAAGGCGUUUCGCGAGAGGAGAGACUGCAACUCUUUUGAUUCGCAUGAUUCCGAUGACGAUGAAAGUGUGGUGCUCCAGCAUGCAAUGGCAGCUUGCAAUAACCACUACACCAAACCUUACAACUCUCCAACCAAAGUGGAAGAAGCAGUUGUUGUUCAAAUUGGGGACUCUGGGAAGGGAACGCCGGGAAACAACACCAUGAUACCAAACAAGAGAAAGACACCAAGCCCAGCCAUGGGGGUUGAGCCAGCACCAGUGUCCGUUGUGCCCUUGUGUGGCGAGUCGAUGGACAUGGAUGAUGAGGAAAAGACCAACAACGAACAGGAUGAACAAAGUUAUGACAGCGACGACAAUUCGCUACCCUCCUUGUCUCGCCGUCUCUCUCUCACACCAGUGUCUCGACGAUUGGCGCUCCAGUUUGACUCGAUUUCAAUCUAUGACAAGAAGCCCUCUCGUUCCAAGAGGCGCAAGACCAGUGACACGUCUCUCCAAUGCUAG